AUGUUUGGUGUUGAACCAGCUGACUUUAUUUGACAAUUUGUGUUUUAACAAACUGCUACCGACAGUGUCAACGCUGAAAACCACAUAAAUACUUUGGACGUAUUUAGUUUAUCACUUGGCUCAUCAGUUAUCACGAUGCGAGUCCAACGUUGAAUUAAAGCACGGUCAGUUGACAUCUACUUGGUGAAUACGGUGUAUUCGACAAAAAGUGCACACAGGAGGAGAAAAAUGCAGUGCACUCCUGAAUCAAACGUCUACCUUGAGAGCUGCAAAGGCCAGCACUCUUAUGAUGAUUGCUCCGACAGUGGAUACUCAGGUUUAUUCCACAGCCCACAGAGCAUCGGUGGAGUGAACUCCUGUCGGUCUUUGUCUCCAGUAGAAUUCAGUGAAACGCCUAAAGAGAACAUCUGGCUUUCUGUCACGCCCAAGGAGAGGCCCAGAGAGCCAGUUAGGUGUUUGGGCAAUGACCCCAGGGGGCUCCAGCGGCCACCAGCAGUUAGCUGGUGCGAAACCCCUAAAGCGUACAAAAGAGAUGCCCCAAUGCGACACAGACUUCUCAUGUGCAAACCCACCACCGAUGUCAAGGCUGACAACACAAGAUCGCCAUGCACCAGAAGGGCAGAGUCUUCCAUCAGUGUCAGAUCUGAACACUGGCUCGAUGCAUCGUUCGACUCUCUAGACACUUUGAAAUUGGAGCAGGACCUGCCGCUAUCUGGAAGGAAGCGGCGUCUCCUCUUCACGCAGGUGAGGACCUCGACUCUUGAAGAUGGUAAACUCAACUCCAGUAACCUUUCCAGUUUUGAGAGAAGAGCUUCACUCCCGGAUGCAGAUUUCAGUGAGAGCAGUUCUGCCACUGAUCAAAUUGCUAUUGAGACUCCGUGCUUUACCAAAUCCCUGCCUGCUCGCUCUAAGGGAACCUCUCAGUCACCAGUCAGCGGUGUGACAAAUAACCAAUAUGACAACUCAAGCCUCCUGUGCACACCGUCAUCUUCACGCACACCCAAAUAUAUCAGGUCUGUGUGUGAGGAUAGUGGCUUUAGUUCCUUGGCCCUUGAUAAAUCCCAAGACUCCUUGGUUGACCAUGAUGGCUCAUUCCUGGAGCUGCUCCAUUCUGCCUCCAGAGGAAACAAUGAAACCCCAAAUCAGGCAGAGGCAAAGCGGCGCUCCCGUUUGCAGCGUCAACAUAGGCUUUCUACACUAAAAGAAGGGGGCUCUCAGUCAGAGGAAGAUCCAGCAGAGAGAAAGCACGGAAAUCUUCAGCAAAGCCACAGUCUUUCUAAAGAAGAUGAUGUUUUUGCUCAUAGUGACACCCCUCGCAGUGCCCUUUCUGCUAAAUGUAGUUAUAGCAUGACAUCUGAUAUUUUGGCCUCUGCAAGACAAGACAAUGCCACCCCACUAAGAGCAAAUACAGCCAGGCCAGAAAACACGACACCCCUCAGCACAGCUCCUGUUAAUACAGAUGUGACUCCUCUCAGGACGACCCCCGUCAAUCUCUCUCUGACUCCAGCUUUGCAGCUGGUUCAUGCUAUGUGCCAGCUGAAAGCACACAUGUUUUUUGGCCAAAGUCCAAGCCUAAAGGAGCAGCUGAAGUCCACCGCAGCGCUGACCAACACCCCAGUGACGUUCACAACCACCAUGCCGCUGGCAGGGCUGAUUGGCAGGAAGAUGGGCCUGAGGAAGGUGGACAUUCUCACAGAGCUGAGGAAGAGGAACCUCAGGCACAUCCUGUCUGUCAUCCUCAGCCACCUGACCCCUGAGAGCAUCUAUAUGUGCGGUCGGGUGUGCAAGAGAUGGAAUGAAAUCAUCCAACAAGACAAGCGAGCUAGUUUUAAGAGGAGAAACUACCUGAGUGAAGUGGAGGCUGCUCUUGAGCUUGGUGGUGCCGUCCAUGUCCCCGACGCAGAGACUAGACUCGCUCUGCUCAAGCGGUCUGCCCUCAAGACGGUUCAGGCCCAGUCUAGGACGUCCAGCUUCUGCACCCCACAGUCAGGAAAAAGCACUUUAACCCCAUCAAAGCACAGCACCUUCAAUUCAGGCAGCAGCAGCAAACGAGAUAAAUUUCUAGAAGUUGCCCAAACCCUCUUUAACGAUGAGUGCCUCAAGCCGUGCCCAAGAUGUCAGCAUCCUGCGAGGUGUCACUCAGUGAAACGGGAGGGCGUGUGCAGCAGAGCCGACUGUGAUUUCCAGUUUUGCACAGCCUGUUUGUGUGCUUUCCACGGCUCUAGAGAGUGUGGCAGCCAGUCUGUAGGCCGCCACAAGAAGGACAUACUUCUGCCAGGAAGCGCUCAAAGCAAGCGAAAUGUUAGGAGACUCUGAGCAGAAGGUCAACUGUGUAUUCCUGUUUGUUAUGACGAGGUCACUUCCAUUUUUUAAUGCCUAUUGGUGAACACAAGGCAUAGCAACAGGGAAAGUGAUAUUUAGUCACAUGAGAGCAACUUCUCUACUUAUCAAUGUCUUUGUGCCUGUUUUGUACUGUAUUUACUGUAUUCUCACGCUUUUUUCAACACAGUUCUUAAUUGUGUUUUUAAUUAUGAAUGUGAAGGAAGUCUUGCCAGCAGAACAAUGACUGAAUUUUGCUGUUGAUGUAUUUUUUUCCAUACACAUUGAUCAACUGUACAGAAUGUUUUUGGGAAUUCUUCAACGAUUUUCAGCUUUUACCAAUGUGUUUUCA